AUGCUCCUCGACGAAGACCCCGCAGCCCUCAUCGCGCAAUGCACAUCGCACUUCAAAAUUGCCAACGACAAAACUUCGCUCCACCGCAUAAACGAGUCCCUCAGCACCCUCAGCGAAUUCCGCACCCAACACCUACGCUCCAUCCAGUCCUCGCUCAGCGCGCUGAAUCGGACGCACCAAACACUGUCUGCGAACCACAACCACACACUCAGUCAGCACAACCCCACAAACCACGCAGCCGAGAUAUUGCGGCUAGACACCGAGAAAUUCAAGAUCGCGAAGCAGGCGAGUGAUCUGGAGAUCGAGGGCGAGAGGCUGCAGAGCGAUCUCGCGAGGUUAGGGGGCGUAGCCGGCGAGUUGGAAGAGGAGGGUGUGGAAGGUGGUGUUGAGCCUAGAGCGGGUGAGGAUGCGACAGUAUUGAAGCUCAAGCUCUACCGCACUCUCGGCAUCGACGUUGAAGCCGACCCCACGACCGGCGAAUACAACAAGGCUGUCGUGCGCAAUGCGACAAAGGGAGACGUGCAUGUUGUCAAUAUUGAUCCGAAGUUCUCGCGGCACUUCUACACAAACUACUUUUGGCGGACGAUGUAG